CAUCUGCAAGCUGCAGCAGGAGGGACUCGUGCAAAAUUCCUCACAUUGACGACCAAUUUGUUCUUCACCCCCGAGUAUACCGAAUAAACACAGAUUUCAACAUGCCUCCUAAGACAGGGCGCGGUCGCAAGUCAAAUGCUGGGCCACGGAAAUCAACGGCUGCCCCCGCUGGUGCUGCUACUGCUGCUGCUGCUGCUGAUGAUGGUGCCGCCGCCGCUGCUGCUGGCCCAUCGACUGCCCCAGCUGCGACUAAAUCCCCCGCCGCUCGCGGGCGCAAACCCGCGGGUGUCACCAAAGGCAAGCGGCCGGCUAAAGCGCCCAGGACAUCUAAUGUUGAACCGGGCGAUCCCACCCCCACAGGUCGUCGUCGCCGGUACAAACCUGGAACGGUUGCCCUGAAGGAAAUCCGCCAUUACCAACGCUCAUUCGACCUGCUCAUCAGAAAGCUGCCAUUCGCGCGACUGGUCCGCGAGGUCGCCCUGGACCUUCUCCCCGCCGAAGUCGGCUCCGAGCUGCGCUGGCAAUCGCAUGCGAUCUUGGCCCUCCAGGAAGCCGCCGAGGCGUUCCUGGUCCAUCUUUUCGAGGACACCAAUCUCUGCGCCAUCCACGCCAAGCGCGUGACCAUCAUGCAGAAGGAUAUCCAGCUUGCGCGACGCAUCCGGGGUGUCUGGGGUGGUCUGGGUUAGACGGGGAUCUCUUUUCAACAUGCUUGAAAUAAUAGGAAAAAAAACAACAUCCGAUCUCAUUUCCUUGAUGUUGUCUCUUGCUAUUCCAUCUUCUAGCCGAACAAGGGUUGGUUAGAGCUUAUAACCCGUUUUCAGGACCACCUGAGAGCAUCAGAACAGAAUGCAGCAGCAGUCGAGCCAAAGUUAGCGGGCUUUCGUGGAAC